AUGUUUGUAAGACAAGUUUGUAGAGUGAUAGGGGUUUAUCAUUGGGUUGGUCUCGAGUGUAUGCUGUUCACUGAACAUAUACAAUAUUCAACAAUAAGCGAGAAACUAUUAUAAAGAUAGCUUGAUUCAAUAGGCGGUCUAUGAAAGGUGUUUGAAUGGAUUUUUUAUUUUUAACACAGCAAUAAGUUUUAUGUGUUUAUUGGAGGCCAGUGUAAGCCAUGAUAGGGUGUUUGAGAGAAUAAACCGUAUGGAUAACCGUUUCUCCUGUCUAAGAGUGGUAUUUCUUACUAAUAGUUUAAUAUCGAUAUACCACACCGACUGCUAGAAUGGGGGUGGGACAGGUAAAGAGGGCGUGGUUCUGUAUCCAACUCAUCAUAAGCUGUGUUCCAGGGGUAUCAGCAGCAUUAGAUGAAGCGUUAAUAGGAGUUAUAGCUGCCUCGGCAGUUCUAGGAUUAUUCACCCUCAUAGCCAUUAUAUUUACAGCCUGUUACUGUCAUAGACUGAUUGAAAAGAAACGUCUGGAGAAGAAUCAACCCGGUUUACGUCGAUUACCAGAGGACUAUUCUACCGUGUCCGGCUAUGUCAACUACGGAUACCCAGAUAACUGGUUUUACACUGAUCCUUAUUUCUAUGGUCAUCCCAAACAACUAGGAUCUUAUAGACCAAAAGUUCUAACAACGUACGAUGAAGGUGUAGAAGAGAGUCGUCGUGAGCACGAUGAAAGGCGGGUUAAAACUAUGGGUGAUGUCCCAGAGGGCCAUGUUAUAGAGGAUAUUAACCACAAAGUUAUAAAGAAAACUCAUAAAAGACUUUCUGAUUGGUUGAAUUCCAACUAUGGCGAAACUGGUGCUGCCAUGGAUAUUGGACAAGAGGAAGAUGAUGAUCUUCCAUUAACGGCUCAUCAGACUAGAACUCAAAAUAUUCCACCAGGCAGCUAUUAUAAAGACGAUGGAGAAUUUACAAUCAUAGAUUAUGUUGAUGAUGGACGGUCUGAAAAAAAUGAACGCCGUCAAAGCACGACUCCAGACAUGUUUGAACGACAAGCCCAGCCGCUUCCACCGGCCUUCAUGCCUAAUCAGUAUAAAACAACCAUUGGUGUCGUUCAAGAGAGAACAUCUAAACAAUUGGAACAAUGGGAGAUAAGAGAGGGUGAUCAUGAGGACUUCCCUGCCUUAACAUCCAGUCCUGUACCGGGAUAUAGAAAUGAAAACGGACCCUUUAACCCAGCUACAGGCAUCAUAGCAGACGGGGCAGCUCCAUCCCAAAACUCUGUGGGUUUUGACUAUAAUAACCCGGACGGUGACAGUUUCGAAUCCCAUAGACAACGAGUGGCAAACAUGGGUUCUGUGCCUAUCCUACCGCCUGAUGAAUAUGAUAGUUAUAAAGACUUUAUGGCCGAUCGUUUGAAACAGUAUGAAUAAAUGACAGCAAGCUCAGUUGAACAGUUCUGCAUUGUUCCAUAGGUCAUACUGAUUUAGAAACCCUGGUUAACCCUGAUAAAUAAAAAAAAGCUAAUGAUUUACUCUGGAUAUCUGAAGAUACGGAUGACUUUGAGGCGUGGUCUAGGUUCUUUCUGGAUUCCGAAUUGAUUAUUUUCCACAUACGAUCAUUCAUAUAAAUCGGGAACACAGCAUGCCGAUCUUCCAUGAACUCGGAAUUCAGAUCUGGAUUAUUGGCAAUUAAUAUAAUAUAAUAUAAUAAUAAUAUAAUAAAAUUGUAUUAGUUUUCACAAUCCAGGUUUGAAUAGGCGACAGACAUGUGCGUUGAACACGACAAUAGUUUCUCUAUUCGGAUUUGAAAAUCAGCAUACAGGACAGUUAACACGGUGGGUUUCGAAUCUAAAAGGACUCUAAAUCCGGAUCCCGGGCAAUCAAAAACACCUUAAUCACACCCGUGUAUACAGGAAACGGUUUCUUUGUGGGUUGGAACUUGAAAGAUACUUUAGAGUUAGAUACUUGGCAAUUAAACUCGUCCUUAAGGCGUGGUUAAUUAUCACGAAUCCGAAAUUUCCAGAUUCGGAACCCAUUGGGCUUGUUUCCUGCAGAUUCUGAAAUCAGAAUUCAGAUGCUUGAGAUUGGAAGAUGGCUGACCUUCACCUUGUAUUUGAAAUUUGAAGAAUGCAUUAUCCCAACAUUUUCUGUUAUUGCGUGAACUGUACGGAAGUUAACCAUACACACGGUGACUUCUAUUUUGUCAAAAAUCAAUUUACGUCUGAAAAAAAAAUCUACUCUCAAAGGAUUGAAGCGGAAUCGCGACCUAAAAAAUAAAACAAGAAUCGCCAAAUCACCAUUGACAAAGUUUAUCAAUUCAGCGCUGUUUAUCCUAACUAUGUUGAAUUAAAAUUGAACCGUAUGUUAGUCCCGAAAUGACCUAGUUUGUGUCGAAUGGACGUUAAACCCCCUUUCUUUCUCUCUCUCGUUGUUGUCGAAGCGGAGAAAACAUAGACCAGAAUGAUCGAGGCUAAAUGUUUUAACCAGUAAUAGGCUACCAUUUGUAGUUGGAAGUUAUCUGACUGUAUUGUUCAAAUUGGGAAAGGGAAACAAUUUGUUUGUAGCCUAUGUAUCUAUUAAAUGAUCAACAUUUUAUUUUGUAUUUUUUGUACAUAAAAGUUAAUAUUUCUAUUUCAAAUUUUAAUAAAAUGUUUUUACAACAA